CCGCGGUCCAGGGAAAUGGGGGGAAGGGGGGUCGUGCUGGUGGUGGAGGAGGAGGAGGAGGAGGAGGAGGGAGAAAGGAGGAGGAGGAGCCGGAACAGGAAAAGAGCGACGGAGUUCGACCAGGGACGCGCAGAGCCCACCGCAGCUCCGGCCCCCGCAGCAUUGCCGGUGACCAGGGAGAGGGAGCUCACCCCAAAUCUCUCCGGGGGUCCCCGAGAGGAAUUCCCAUUGCCAGACUUUGGCUGGAUGGAGGAAGAGAAGGCUGUGAGGAGGAGGAAGUUAUCCCGGGAACCCCAGGCAGACAAGGAACCCAAGGAGGACAAAUCCCCUCAGCAGAACCUCGUGGAAGAGGCUGUUUUGAGUGGCUCCAUGGCACAGGAAUGCAACGGGGAGGAAAAGGCGCGGAGAUCCCGCCCGAGGAGGGGCUCCAAACCCAUGCCAGGGCGCUCCGAGGAGGAAGGACCCACCCUGUGCCAGGAAGGCAGCCAGAGAUGUGGCCAGAGCUCUGAGCUGGUGAUGCGUGAACAGCUUCACAACGGCAAGAAGCUGCACCAGUGCUCGGAAUGUGGGAAGAGUUUCUACACAAACUCUGGCCUGCUUCGGCACCAGAAGAUCCACAGUGUGGAACGGCGCUACGAGUGUGGGAAAUGUGGGAAGCGCUUCAGGGACACCUCUGACCUGCUCCGCCACCAGACAGUCCACACUGGGGAACGGCCCUAUGAGUGUGGGGAGUGUGGGAAGAGCUUCACUGCCAGCGCUAGCCUGAUCAUCCACCAGAGGAGCCACACUGGGGAACGGCCCUAUGAGUGUGGAGAAUGUGGGAAGAGCUUCGCAUGCUGCACCAGCCUGAUCUUGCACAAGAGGAUCCACACUGGGGAACGUCCCUAUGAGUGUGUGGAGUGUGGGAAGACCUUCACUAUGAGCUCCCACCUGAUCGUCCACCAGAGAGUUCACACUAGGGAACGGCCCUAUGAGUGUGGGAAGUGUGGGAAGAGCUUCGCUGUCCGGUCCAGCCUGCUUGUCCACCGGCAGAUGCACAGCGGAGAGAGGCCCUAACAGUGUCCUGAGUGUGGGACGAGCUUGUCCCAGAGCUGUGCCGUGACCCAAGAGCAAUGGAGGCACCAGGAAGGGAAGCCCUACAAGUGCCCCGCGUGCAGGAAGAGCUUUGUGCACUGCUCCAACUCCAUCCCCCGUUGGAGGAGCCCAUUGGAUGAUCCCCAGUGAGCCGGGUUGGGCAGAGCCUUGGGGAUCCACGAUCCUGGUGAUCCAUGGUGGGAAGACAGCUGGCUGGUGGUCUGCACAUCUUCCUGGGCCCCUGGGGGCACCUGGGCGCAGCAGGACAAAAAUCUCUUGGGAUGCAGACCAGCGUCAGGAAUUCAUUAGGGAUAGUGAAUUUUUUUACUUUUGACCUCAAGAAAUCCCACCUUUUGCAUCCUAUUGUUUCUUCUCUAGGCAUCAAGGAAUACUGGGAUGUCUUAAGAGUCUUUUCCAACCUAAAUCAUUCCAUGAUUCUUUUCUUUCUGAACCUUCCACAGGCAUUUUCCAGAGCCAAAUGGUGACUGAGUGGGACAAAAAAUGAAGAUUUUGGAGACAAUGGAGUUGAAACUCCUCUAAAAAGGGUUCUUUCCAGCCACCCAAGCACAUGGAUACUCAGCCAGCAUGGACACGUAAAUCCUUUUAUUUUGGCCUUCAUUUUCUUUCGUUGUUCAUUGUUCUUCAUCCUUUCACCCAACACUGGGGUAAAAAUAAAAACCUUGAUCUAAGACACA